AUGGAGCCUUACAAAGCAAUAAUCCUCAUCGGAGUUACUGUUUUCUAUUAUACAUUCUCCGGCGUAUCCAACGUCCAAGCCAUCGGUCGUUCAGUAAAAGAUGAUAUAUCCCAAGUCCCUGCUUCCUCACCUGAGGCUUCGCUUCUUGAACCGCCUGUAUCAUCAAUCUCAGCGGUCCCAGCCUCCGCACCAGCCCCCACCUCCACGACGGAGACACCCGCACCCGGACCAUCACAAGAAGACAUCGACAUCGACUUCGACUCGGUCACAAACAUAGCAGAUCUUGCUCCUAAAUUCGAACACAUAAACAACUUCGAUUUCUCAUCAAUGAAGAUCGACACGACGGCGAAAGAUCUCUGCAAGAACACAGACUACAACAACGAAUGCAUCGCCGCGAUUCUGCCUGAUUUACAGAAACGAGACGGCGGCGAAGGAGGAGGAGGAGGAGGAAGCAGAGGAUUCGAGGCGAAGGAUGUGAUGCGAAUGGAAGCNUAA